AUGAUCGAAGCAACUACAAUUUUUAAAAAACAUAUAUUUAAACUUACAUGUAUUUAUUUAAUAUUAUUUCUAACAAAUUUUUAUGUAUUAUGUAAAGAAGAAAACUUAAAAAUAAAAAAUGUUGUUGUGACAGCAGAACAGGAAAAAUUAAGGGACAAAGAAGGGUAUGCUGCUAUUGCAGAACUUCAUAAGCAGAUGGAUGACGAUAAGUCAGGAAGUAUUGAUAGAGCGGAAUCUUCUGAUUUUUUAACAGCUGACCUACAUAUAGGUGGAUCCGAUAGAGCAAGAAGAGAAAAACACUUUCAUAAUAACAAUGAUGACUCUAUUACUGUAGAUGAAUUAUGGGAAAAUUUUUUUCUUUCUGAGGAACGUUAUUGGGGUGAAGAAAGGAUGAUUGAAUGGCUUGUUAAUAGCGUUAAAUUACCUCAGUAUGUUGAUAAUUUUAAGAAAAUUAAAGCUACAGGAAUAUAUUUACCACGAAUGGCAUUACCAUCAGGAACAUUUUUAUCUGAAACUAUGGGAAUAAAAAAUUAUGUUCAUAGGCAGAAGAUACAAUUAAAAGCACUUGAUGUAGUACUUUUUGGUUAUAUAGAUUCAUCAAAUAAACUUAAAGAUAUAUUACUUGCAUUAUUAGCAUGUACAUUAUUUGGUGUUAUUUUUUUCUUUAAUAGGCAACAAAAUAAAGCAAAAAUGGAGAUGGCUCAGUUAUCUUCAAAAUUAGGGGAACUUAAAAAUUUAGAAACAGAAUUUAAUGAUAGUCAAAAAAAAUUUGACGAAGAAAGAAAGAAACGUCAAAGUACUGGUGAUAUUUUAAAUAGUGAACAAGUUGAAGCAUUACGAAUCAAACUUGAAGCAGCUGAAAAAAAGUUAGAACAUGCUUCAGCAACAUCAGGAAAUAUAGAACUUUCCUUACAACCAUUAUUACGUAGAACAUAUGAGUUAGAAUAUUCUCAUAUACAGCAACAAAAAUUGGAAUGCCUUAGUGAAAUGAAAGAUGCAAAAGAAUUAGUAGAUAAAUUUAGAAGAAAACAAUCUAGUGUUAUGUAUUCAUUAAAAUUAGCAACAGGUGCAACUUCGGGAACAGAAUUAAUAGAUACAAAAAUAUUUUCUCUUAAAACUAGAAUGGAAAAAAUUACAUUGGCUUUAGAUGAGUGCACUCAAAGGUGGAUUGAUAUAGAAUUAUUAUGUGGUUUUCCAAUUAUAUCUUCUAACGAUUGCAAUCGUAGUUUAUCUAAAGCUAAAAUUUCUCUUAAUGGUAUACCAUCUUCUUCUACAGGUACGUCUACAUCAACAAAAAUUUCUAAUAUUGGAGGGCCAUUUGUUUUGUCAAAUUUGUAUUCUAAAAAUAGUGCUUCUAACUCUUCCAUUAGCUGUAUAGUAAAGAAAGGAGGAGCUUGCGAUGUUGAUGAAACAACUAGUACCUCCAGUAGUUCAAGUUCUGGACAAAGUAUUUAA